AUGGCAGCCACCACGGGCGAGCUGAGGGUCACGGUGCACGCCGCCUCGGGCCUCCAAGAUUGCGAGCAGUUUGGCGACCAGGACCCUUACUGCAUCGUGUCCUUCACGGGUGGCCAGGCCGUGUCCGCCGCCACCAAGACAGCCAUGAAGGGCGGCACCGAGCCGGUGUGGGAGGAGACGCUGGCGCUGCCUGUGGUGGCCGACCCUGAGGCGCUGCUGGUCAAGGUAUUCAAUCAAAACAGGGCUUCGCCGGACGACUUGAUUGGCUAUGGCAGGGCCCCCGUAUAUGAUGUGCUGAACUGGGGGAGUGCAGAGCUGGCGGUGCCGCUGACGGCGCACCCUUCGGGCCUGAAGCAGGGCUUUGUGCAUCUGCACCUGGAGUUCAGGCCGCUGCCGGCAGACCAAGCUGAGGCCGCGGCGCAGGCGCACAUGCAGAGCGAGCUGCAGGCGCAUGGGCAUGACACAGAGCCGUUGCCAGAGCUGCCCGGCGUGGAAUCCACCACCCAGGAGGCGCAGCAGCCGCCGGCUCUGUCCGACCUGCGCCCGCUUUCCCCGCGGGAGCAUCCAUACGAUCGUGUGCACAGGCCUGGCUACACCGUGCCUGGCACCCUGCACGACUGA